AUAAAAUACGUCUCAGUUGACAGAAGGAAAAAAUCGACCCCGACGGGAUUUGCACCCGCGAUCUUUGGCGAACCUGAGCCCUUUGCGAUGAGAGGGCUUCACCGGAAACCAACGCCUUACUUCUAGGCCACGAGGCCUGUUGUUGAAAAUUUAAUUUUGUACUUUUACAUAAGCUAAAACCCGUUUGAGCUAUGACAGACAAAUUGGUGGUGGAGCUUUCAUUCGAGCAACCGCUUUUCAUCUUUUAACCAGAACCAAAUGUCGACGCUCGAAGAACUUGACGCAUUAAACCAAGCUCAGCAGCCCACGGAGAACAUACAUGCUGCCGAAGACGAAGAAUUGGAAAGAGAGAUUCUGAAUGCCAGCACUGAGGAGCUUGGAAGCCGGACGCGUUUACUUGAAAAUGACAUAAAAGUAAUGAAAUCAGAGUAUCAACGUUUGAAUCAUGAAAAAAGCACUAUGCUGGAAAAAAUUAGAGAAAACCAAGAGAAAAUUGCAAACAAUAAGCAGCUCCCUUACUUGGUUGGUAAUGUUGUCGAAAUUCUUGACAUGAACCCCGAAGCCGAAGAUGUUCAGGAAUCGGCAAAUCAAAAUUCUGAGGCUACCCGCGAUGGAAAGUCCGCCGUCAUUAAGACAUCUACUCGUCAAACAAUCUUUUUGCCUUUAAUUGGCUUGGUAGAGCCGGAAGAGCUGCAUCCCGGUGAUUUGAUCGGUGUGAACAAAGACUCGUACUUAAUUAUCGACAAGCUUCCUUCUGAGUACGACAGCCGUGUCAAGGCUAUGGAGGUGGAUGAGAAGCCUACAGAACGCUACUCUGAUAUUGGUGGAUUGUCCAAACAAAUUGAAGAGCUUUUCGAAGCCAUUGUGCUUCCUAUGCAACAAGCAGACAAGUUCAAACGUCUGGGCAUCAAACCUCCAAAGGGAGCGCUUAUGUACGGACCUCCUGGUACAGGAAAAACGCUGCUUGCACGUGCUUGUGCUGCUCAAUCAAAUGCUACCUUUUUAAAACUUGCAGCCCCCCAACUUGUGCAAAUGUUUAUUGGUGACGGUGCCAAGCUUGUUCGGGAUGCAUUCGCCUUGGCAAAAGAAAAAAGUCCCGCUAUUAUUUUCAUUGAUGAACUGGACGCUAUCGGUACUAAACGUUUUGAUUCGGAAAAGGCCGGUGAUCGUGAAGUGCAGCGGACAAUGCUUGAGCUGUUGAAUCAGCUUGACGGUUUCAGUAGCGAUGAUCGUGUUAAGGUAAUUGCUGCCACAAAUCGUGUUGAUACCCUGGAUCCCGCUUUGCUUCGUUCUGGUCGUCUUGAUCGUAAGCUUGAAUUCCCUUUGCCUAACGAAGAGGCCCGUGUCGGUAUCUUGCGCAUUCACUCGCGUAAGAUGACCGUUGCCGAUGACAUUAAUUGGGAGGAACUUGCCCGCAGUACCGACGAGUACAAUGGUGCCAUGCUGAAGAGUGUGUGUGUGGAAGCAGGCAUGAUUGCUCUUCGUCACGGUGAGUCCAAGAUCACACACGAACACUUUAUGGAAGGUAUUCUCGAAGUCCAGAUGCGUAAGUCCAAGACUCUGCAAUAUUUUGCGUAGACGAGCUCUGUUUGGAUUUACUGCGCAUGUUUAUACUAUGCAUUACUGUUAUUCUAGUAUGUACGUCUAUGAAGUGAACGAAUUGAAUAGG